GACGUAAAUGCCUAUUCAGCAAUUCGAGACAGUGUCAAUCAGCGAAUCGCCACGACUUAUGACACUGCCGUGGAGAAAGUCAAAGCUAAAGGGAGCAAUGAUGGAGAGGAUGUUAGAACAUUCACCAAAGCUAUGGAUACUAUUGUUCAUUUAGAGGGAACCAAAUGUGGACUAUUUAGAAAGGUAACCGACUUGACCAUGCAAAAAUUCUUCCUGGUACCACAUACGUUGCACACAAUCGCAUAA